AUGUAUCAAGAGAGCAAAAGAAAAGAUUUUCCCGAUUUUUUCUCGGAAAAAGGACCGAUUGCAAUAGAUGUAACACCUUUAAAUUUUGGCAAUACAACAUAUUGGAUGACAUCAUUAGCCUCAAAAGGAAAUGAGUCGUCAUUUCAACCACAACUGAAACCAUAUAAUGACAACGACGUAGGUCUGGUGGACUGUGAGGACGUAGAUGAAAAUUAUGAUAUCAUUCUCACAAAAACUGGGAAGUUCAUGACGUCAUUUUAUGUACCUUCAAGUCUACUUUCUUACAUCGUUGGCGCAAAAGCUAGUAGAUUAAGAAGUUUGGAACAAACCACAAAUACACAAAUAAAAGUACCAAAACCAAACGAAAAAGGUAAUGUAAAGGUAACAGGUGACACGGAAAGAAAAGUAGCUUCAGCACGGACACAAAUAUCAAUGAUAGUAAUGCAAAGAAAAGACAAGCUAUCUAUUAGCCAUUUCGUAUCAAUACCAAUGGUGUCAGAUGAAAUUAAAUUAAAACUGAAGAGGUUUCAAGAAAGAAUCUUAAGUGAUCCCAGUAGAGGGGUAACAGAAUCGUUGUUUCAAAAGCCUGAAAAGUUACAUCUUACCAUUAGCACUCUAACUUUGGUCGAUGAAGAGGAAGUAGCUACUGCGAAAAAAGUUCUUACAACUUGUUAUGAAGAAUACAUAAGUAAACUUUUUAAAAGAGAUAAACAUUACAAAAUUCAUUUAAAGGGUUUAGAAAUCAUGAAUGACGACCCGACUAGCGUAAACGUUUUAUAUGGUAAUGUCCAUAUGGACAACGAGGAACAUAAUGAACAUUUCCAAAAUAUUUCUGAUACCAUAGCUGAAUAUUUUUAUAAAUCCGGGUUAUCCAGAAAGCAAUAUGAUAGAGUGAAAUUGCACGUGACUCUUAUGAAUUCGAGUUUCAGGAAACCCGAAGAAAAACAAGAAAGUUUUGAUGCUGUAGAUAUUUUAAAGAAUUUUAAGGACUAUUAUUUCGGAAGCGUGGAUUUUAAAAAUAUACAUUUGUCGAUUAGAUUUACUGGUAGAGAUGAAUAUUAUGAAGCUGCUAUAAUGAGCCAAAGAGAAAGCCUUGUUAUCUCGGAUUACAUUCUAAAUCAACAAGUAUGCGAUUAUUGUCACAAAUACUUAUCAGUAACUCCCGUCAGAGUGUAUCCAAAUAGAAGAAUAAAAUGUGGCAGAUGUUCAACAACCAGUAAGGAAGAGGACAUUGGUGUAGAUUCCAUGUAUAACCAAAUUGCUAGAAUAAGUUUUUUCAAAUGCAUUAACAAGUUUGAUGGGUGUACACAACUGUUAGGAAUUUCAGAAGUAGUUGAACAUGAAAAAAUAUGUCUAUCCAAAAAGCAUGCAAAAACCGAAGAUACAACAGAAACCACCAACAUUUCUGAUCAAAAUGAUGCCAUUUCGAUAGCUCAGAAUGUAUCGGUUCUGGACGAUGUAGUGCUUUUAAAUGAUUCUCAAACAAUUAAUGAAACUUCAGCAAAUAUCACUGAAAUAGUUGAGGAGCCAAACGAUGUUACCAAUAAAACACAGAAGUUAGUUCAUUGCUUACCUUUAAUGGGCAGCUCGGAAGUCCAACUGAUGAAUGAUACCGAGUUAAUAAAAUUAUUGCAAGCAGAUCCAAAAGUAACUGAAAGAGAUGUACCGGGAUUGUGUGUAGUAGUUUUGUUUUAUUCGAAAUAUUGUCCAUUUUCUACGAUAGCUGCACCUCAUUAUAAUGCUCUUCCAAGGGCUUUUCCUGAUGUAAAACUAGUAGCUAUUAACGCCAUGAUGUACCAUUUAUUUAACACCCAAAAUGGUAUAGUAGGGGUCCCAUCACUUCUUCUGUUUCAUAAUGGGAGAUCUGUGGGUAAAUUUAAUGGUUCGGAAUAUACUUUGGAAAAAUUUUCUCAGUUUAUUUACAAACAUACUGGCAUACCUGCUGUCGAAUCUGUGGCUGUUACAUCUGCAGAUUUUGCCGGACCUGUAACAAAUAUUCCUGCCAAAGAUUAUGAUUUGUUUUUAAUUUUAAGUUGGUUUUUUAUUAUAUUGUGCGGAGGGUAUUAUUUUACAAAAUCUAGGUGGUGGAAAUGGAUUAUAGAAAGUGUUCAGAGUAAUUGGAGGGAUAGUGAAGUACAUGCACAACAUGAACACUUGGAUUAA